UUAUUUUGUGUUUUGUGAUUUCUAGCAGUGAAUAAGAUUAGAGAAAAUCUCUUUAGAGUGGAUUACUUAUUAUUAAGAAUAUUAUAUAUCGCAUAACGCAUUGACUAAAAAGUAUGUGAAUGUAAUUACGACCUAUCUAAUACAGAAAAACAAACCACAUUCAUAAUAAUCACAUAGGUACCUACUGUUUGUGCCGGUAACCAAAAAGAUGAGUGAAGCGUGUUACAUCUUGGACAAUGGAGCUUACACAGCUAAGGUUGGUCUGUCUUCGAUGGAACCAAAAAUCGUACCUAACUGUAUCAUGAAAGCAAAGUCUGAACGACGGAGACCCUUUAUCGGAUCACAAAUCGAGGAAUGUCGUGAUGCCUCUGGACUAUUUUACAUUCUUCCAUUUCAAAAAGGCUUCCUCAUCAAUUGGGACACGCAAAAAAACGUUUGGGAUUACAUGUUCAGUAAAGAAUGCUGUCCAGUUAAUUUUAGUGAAACACCUCUCAUACUUACAGAACCUUUAUUCAAUUUCUAUUCUAUACAAGAGGCAAUGACUGAAAUAUUUUUCGAGGAGUAUGAAUGCCAGUCGCUAUUGCGUAUAAAUUCGACUGAUUUAGCUGAAUAUCAUUACAGAAAGUUUCAUAAUAAUGAAAGUACAGUUGUUGUUGAUUCUGGCUAUAGUAAUACAUAUAUAGUUCCUUAUAUAAAAGGCAAGAAGUGUAAGGAAGGUAUAAGACGCAUAGAUGUUGGUGGUAAAGUUCUUACAAAUCAUCUAAAAGAGAUUUUGUCAUAUCGUCAGUUGAAUGUAAUGGAAGAAGGGUUUGUUAUAAACCAAGUUAAAGAAGACUCAUGUUUUGUGUCACAGGAUUUCAUGGGAGAUAUGGAGAUAGCAAGAAAGAAAGCUCCAGAAAAUACAAUAGUAAGAGAUUAUGUACUUCCUGAUUAUACAACUCUACGGAGGGGUUAUCUCCGAGAUGUCGUAAAACCUGACGAGGACUUAGAACAACAAACAUUACGGCUAAACAAUGAACGAUUCAGUAUUCCUGAACUGUUAUUUCAUCCUUCAGAUGUUGGUAUACCUCAAAUGGGAAUAUCAGAAGCUAUUAUGCACUCUAUAGAUGCAUGUCCAGAAGAAAAUAAGGAAAGUUUGCUCGAAAAUAUAAUUCUGUUUGGAGGCAAUACGUUAUUCCCUGGUUUUAGAGAUAGGGUGUAUAAUGAAGUGCGUGCAUUUGCGUUGGACCAUUUUAACGUAAAUGUUCGUAUUGGGGAGAAUCCUGUUACUUACGCGUGGGAGGGGGGAAAGUUAUUGUUCCGAGAUCCCGAUUUCUAUUCAUUUUGUAUGACGAAAGAGGAAUAUGAGGAGGAAGGGAAGUCGUUGGCGUUUGAAAGAUUCGAUAUAUAACGAAGGAAACGAGCGAGGAAGUCUUCAGAAUGAAGGCUGUCGCUCGUUAAACAUGGUGUUUGAAUAUAUUGUAUUGUUGGAUUCGGGAAAACAUUGUGAAGAAGAAAGAAUGCUGUAAAUGGCUCAAGUUCUAUUGAUUGCAGUGAAAGUGGAAUGUAUGUUUUAUCUGAACUAUAAAAACUGUGAGAAAUUAAAAAUUUCAGUACUAGUAAAAUAGAUAAUUUAAAAAUAUUAACCAUUUAGCAAUUUUUUGUUCUACCGCUUUUGCCGAUCUUUACUUUUUUUGUGACUAGUAUGCAUUCAGCAUUACAUUUAAAUUUUACAGUUGUCAUCAAAUAUCUAAACUUAAAAUAGAUAACUAAUUAUAUGUAUCUAGUUAGUUGUUCUAUAAUAAUUCAUAAGUAAUAAAAAUGAUAUGACAUAUUUUUACAA